UCUUUUUUUUUGACCGAUUGAUGUUUAUGUCGGCUGUGUCCUUUUCCUUCAUGGUACAACAAAAAUUGGGCUGCAACCAUUCAUUAAUCGAAUACCCCAAUUUGCUUUCUUGCAAAAGGAGCCGACCCUGAUUGGUUUUGUUGCAUGCAGUGAAGUUUCUGGAUUAUGGGUACCCGCAUAAUCCAAAAAGGUUUUACUUUUCAAAGGAUUGCCAGAGAAGGUCUAUUUUGUUUAUAGAGCAUUAAAAUCAUUCCCAGGAAGUGUUGAAGAAUAGGAAGCGCUAGAUUCCACACCCCCUAUUUUAUUAAUCCUUUGGUCUACAACAGAUGAGAUGUAAUAUAGAAGGUAUUGUGAUUUAUUGGAGACAGUUUCAUUGGUGUUUAGGGAGUGCUUCCAGUGUAUCAACUUAUCUUGUAGAGUAAUAAUUGCAGAAUGGAGUCUAAAGAAGCAGCAAGUGUUAUUUUAAAUUUGAUGGGUCUUGAUAAAGUGCCUAACCAACAUCCUGUCAGAGAUAAACAGAAAGUGCUCUCUGAGAAUUACCAGCAGAAACUUGCUUCCAUUGGUGUCAGAAGGAAGCGUUCAUCUUAUCAGCAUCAUUCCUUUGGAAUGAAUACUAGUGAAAAGGACAAAUCUGAGGAUGUUUUAGAAGUGUUCAAAGCACUCAGGAGAAGUAAGCAUCAUAACCCAUCAAACGGAAAUGGGAAAGAGAAUCCCAGUUCUAGCAAAAAUUCUCAGUUUGCUGAUGGGCUGCCCCAAGAGAUAUGUUAUCCUGAAAAGCAAUAUAGAAAGCAAAUAUCCUGUCACAUGAAUUUUGGUAAGCCAAGUUCAAGAUCUUUCAGUAAAAUUUCAGAGGAGAUUUCUAUGCAAUCUGGAAAUGUUGCAAAUGGAGCUUUACAUACUGCCUCAACUUCUUUUUUCAGAGGGAAUGAAGUUCUUGCCAAUGAUAUGCUGAAGCCUGCUUCAAAUAUUCCAGUUAAUGAGAUCCAAUUCAAUUCCCCAAUCUUCUGUUCAGAAGCCAGGAGGAAAAGUUUGGAACAGAGGGAUGUGACUGAAAAGGUUCAUGAACUUAGACCAUUUGGUCGAGACUGUACACAUAACCAAUUGCAUAUGAUCUGGGAAAAAGGGAAUGGAGCAAGAAAUUUGACUCAUCAAAGGCGAUAUGGUAAUGUUAGAAUUAAGGCUGGUGAUAAUUAUAGCUUUGCUAGAAGAGUGCCGAGACCUCUUUGUUCAGCUUCAGGUCUUGCUGAUAAUUGUGGAACUAUGAAUCAGGAUAUCUUGUUUCAUAGAUAUUGGGGUUUGAGAAAAAAUUCAUCCUCAAGUUGGUCAUCAUGGAACUCGAAGAAUUCAAAUAAUGACCAGAAAGAAUGUCUAGAAGAUGAAAACCUCAGUUCUGGGGGUGAGAAAUUUCCUUCCUUUUGCUCAUAUUUCAAUAGUGAUCAUACUGAAGAGAAUUGUAUUAGUCACAAGUCAGAGAAGGGAUGUUAUGAGAACAAUUUGUCUGAUAAGAUAACUAUGCCUCAUCAAUUGCCAAGUUCUAGUUCUUCUCCCACCUUUAUAGACAGACAGAUCUUGCAAGAGAGAACAGUAAUGAAUGAUGAAGUGAAGAACAGAAAGUAUGACGACAGUAAUUUGUUUCAGCAAAAUGUUGAGUCUCUUGAGUCAUCAGUUGAAUUCUUGGCAUCUGAUGCAACAGUUGAGGUUGUUGACUGGACACAUAGUCCAACCGAACAUCAAUCUAAAUCAACAGCCUUCAUUUUCUCACAAGAAAUUGAUUGUUUGAAUCAUACUUCAUAUACCUCAAAGCAACAGGAUAGAUCAGAUUUUAAAGAAGGUUCUGAUCAUUCGCUUUGUCAUGAGGUUCACCCAGAUUCCCUUGGUAGCUCUGUCGAGUCAUAUGAACCAAGUCCAAUUUCUGUUUUGGAUCCCUUAUUUAGAGAAGACAUUCAAUUCAGCUAUAGAAGUGAAGACAAUAUAUAUGAUUCAUCUGAGGUGGAUGAUGAAGAAUGUGAUUUGAAUGUUUCAAGUGAUGAAGAUUGUGAGAAUGAAUAUGCACAUAACUCUAAAGAAAAGAAAGAAAUAGGAGGAUUAGUUAGAGCUGAGGAAAGUAGGGAUUUCUCAUAUGUUGUUGAGGUUUUAACAGAGGCGAGUAUAUUUAAUAGGAACUUGCGUACAGACUUUUCUACAUGGCACUCUUCACAAUGUCCAAUUAGUCCUUCUGUCUUUGAAAAUCUGGAAAAGAAAUUUGGCCAGCAACAGUUUUGGAGCAGAUCUGAAAGGAAACUGCUAUUUGAUCGUAUUAACAUUGGCUUGAUACAGAUUCUUGAACCGUGUUUAUUUGUUCCAAUAUGGGAAAAGUCAACAUUAAGAAGAUUGAAUGUUGAACUAAGCCAGAACAUAAUUGAAGAUGAGAUGUGGGGGUUGCUUGCUGCACAAGAAAAGAAAGUGAGUAAUGAGUUUGCAGAUCAUACACUUGAAGGGAAGAUUAGAUGGAUAGAACUAGUUGAAGAUGUUGAGGAUAUUGUUACAGAGAUAGUUAAUUUGGUAACAGAGGAGCUUGCUAACGAGAUAGUUUUCUCUGUGAAUUUUUGAAAGAUUGUAGUUGUGAGCAGCUAUUGCAAGAUUGUAGUUGUGAGUAGCUUUUGCAUCAUUUUUUUAUAUUAUGUUCCAUUUAGUGGAUUUUGAGAGGAGGUUUAUGGAGUCAAUUUUGAGAAUUUGAAUUAGGACAGGUAUUUGAAGAGUUUGAGUUAGCAUAUAGGUAUAUAGGUUUGAUAUUCUUUUACACGGAAAGAUAUUGUUUUUUAUUUGUAUAAAAAAUUCAGAUGUUGAUUUGUUUUUCA